AUGUUUUGGGAAUUAAGUAUGAAGAGUUUUGAUGAAUUUAUUAAAAAAUUAAUAAAAUUACCAAGAAAAUCAUUAGAUAAUUCCAGAGAGGUUUUGACAAAAAGAGAACAAAUUAAAGCUCAAAUUGAAGGAUUGAGGAAAUCAUUAAAUAAUGCUCUGAUAAAGAAGAAUGAAAUAAAAAAGACAUACGAAGUAUUUUAUUUGAACCGUGAUAAAGUUAAUAAUAAUCAAAAUUUUACUUUUACCAUUGAUGUAACAAAGCAGAAAAAAUUUAAGUUAAAAUCUGGAGAGCAUGCAACUAAUUGUGCUGAAUGUUAUAAAACAUGUUGUUAUCCAUGUCGUGUUCCAUUUUUUAUUUCAAAUUUUACAGCAAGAGGAUGUUCUUGUAUUUCAUUAGGGCGUUGUACUGUAUGUGGGUGUAGUUGUUCAGAACACAAAAGAGUAUCAUAUAGAAUUGAUGAUGUAAUUGAAACAAAAGAACAAACAGCAGAAGAAGUACGCAAAAGAUAUAAUGAAGGUAAAGAAGGUAUGGCUAGUGCAGAAACUACGUUAAAAAAGUUAAGAGAAGACUACUAUGAAAUCAUAAUGAAAUGUUAUGAGAAACAAGAAAAAAUUAGAGAGUAUAACAAUAUAUUAUCAUCAAUUGCAUUAAAUAAUAAAAUUGAUAGUUCUAAUGAUUAUUUAGAUUUAUUAAUUGAAAAAGAAAAAAAAGAACAAAGACCUGGAUAUUUGAAACUAGUAAAUGGAUAUAGAAAACUUAAACAAGCAAAUGAGAUAAUAGAAGAUAUUAUGAGAAAAUCAAGUUCAAAAAAGAGCAGAGAAGAGGUUAAGGCAGAACUUGAAAGAGGAAUGAGUGAAUUAAAACAAUGA